UAUAAAAGAGAACCCGGCACAUUCACCUUUAGCUUAUCCUUCAUAAUGAGGGACUUAAUUCUAGCUCUGACUUUAACCCUUGUGGGGAGUCAGCAUCUUAAUUAUCAACCUGAUUUCAAAGAAAACAAGGUUUACACAUAUGAUUAUGAAAGUGUAUUUCUCAGUGGACUUCCAGACAGAGGACUUGCAAGAGCUGGAAUAAAAGUAAAAUGUAAAGUGGAAAUCAGUGGUAUUGGGCCAAAACUUUGUCUUAUUAGGAUUCAUUCACUUGAAGCAGCAGAAUACAAUGGUAUCUGGCCUAGAGAUCCAUUUGCACGGUCAUCUAAACUGACCCAGGCUCUUUCAGCACAACUCAGAAAUCCCGUCAAAUUUGAAUACAGCAAUGGCCGUGUUGGAAAUCUUAUGGCUCCAGAUGCUCUCUCAGAUGAUGGUCUUAAUUUCUAUCGAGGAUUUCUGAAUGUGCUGGAAUUCACCCUGAAGAAGUCACAGAACACAUAUAAUUUGCAGGAGGCUGGGAUCGAUGGUGUUUGCAAUACAACCUAUGUGAUUCAAGAAAACAAGAAAGCAAAUCAAAUCUAUGUGACAAAAUCCAAGGACCUAAGCAGCUGUGAUGAGAGAGCUCAGAUGUUUACUGGUGCUGCAUAUACUUGCCAAUGCCCAGCCUGCAGAGAAAAAAACAAGUAUUCCCGGGCAACCACUACUUACAAUUACAAAAUCAAAUCUUCCCGUGAGGAGGCUUUAAUUGUGCAAGCUGAUGUCCAAGAAGUCCAUCAGUUCACACCAUUCCAUGAGGUCACUGGAGGGGAUGCGAUAGUAGAAGCAAGGCAGAAGCUGGUACUGAGUGAUGUGGAAAAACACUCCUCAGAAGUCCCAUCAACAGAAUUCCGGAAACGUGGAUCACUUCGGUACCAUUUUGGCAGUGAAUUGCUUCAGAUUCCCGGCCAGUUAUUCAAAAUCAAAAACUUGGAGAGUCAGAUAGUGGAAAACCUGCGGUAUCUGGUAGAGCACACACAUGAGCGGGUUCCUAGUGAUGCUCCAUCAAAAUUCCUGCAGCUUGUACAGCUUUUCCGGGCAGCAAAUGAUGAUAUCUAUGAGUCAGUUUGGAAACAGUUUUCUAGCCGGCCUGUAUACAGGCGCUUGAUUUGGGAUAUAAUUCCUGCCGUUUCCACUCAUAGUGCAAUCAGAUUCUUAAGGCAUAAAAUUGAAAGGCAAGAACUCAGUGACCUGGAAGCAGCCCAGGCAGUGCUUGUGGGCCUACAUUUAAGUACACCAACCCGUGAUGUGAUAGAGGAAGCUGUGCUCAUCCUGAAAAAGGCUCAUUCACGCUCAGAUACUUUACUGCACAGAAUUGCCUAUCUAGCCUAUGGCUCAUUGGUUCACAAGUACUGCUCCGUUUCGGACUCCUGCCCUGAGUCAGCUCUUCAGCCACUAUAUGAUUUUGCAGCUGAAGCAUCCAGCAGGGCCAAGGAGGAAGAAAUGGUCCUGGCCCUGAAGACCUUUGGGAAUGUAGGACAUCCAACCAUCCUAAAGCGCAUCAUGAAGUUUAUGCCAGGAUAUGCACCUGGUGCUUCUGAUCUCCCAGUCUGGGUUCAAAAUAAUGCAGUGAUGGCCCUGAGAAACCUGGCCAAGAGAGACCCACGAAAGGUACAAGAUAUUACCCUGGAGAUGUUCCUAAACCACAAGAUUAAUCCUCAAGUCCGAAUGAUUGCUGCCUUUGUUCUGCUUGAAACCAAACCAGGUCUUCCUGUCUUGGUGACUUUAGCUAAUGCUAUGCUAAAAGAACCUAGCAUGCAAGUGGCAACUUUCAUCUUUACUUCCCUGAGGGCUCUGGGCAGAAGUACAGCUCCGGAUCUCCAAGUCGUGGCCACUGCCUGCAGAAUGGCUAUCAGAAUACUCAGCCCCAAACUUGACAGACCUGGCUAUCGAUUCAGCAAAGUUUUCCGCUUUAGUAUGUUUAGAGAGUCUCUUAUGAUUGGAAUGGCAGCCCAUUCAUUGACACUGAAUAAUGUAGGCAGCAUAUUCCCAUCAAUAGCAUUGUCCAAAUUCAGGGCCCAUUUCGUUGGACACAUUGCUGAACCUUUGGAGGUGGGACUGAAAGCUGAAAGACUGCAGGAGAUGUUAGCGAAAAGACACUUAUCUGACAGUGAUUCUGACAGUGCAUUUGAUGUGACGGAAGUUCUGAAAACGCUCUCUGACUGGAAGGCACAGCCCAGUGAUAAACCUUUUGCAUCAGGCUACAUGAAGAUGUUUGGACAAGAAAUCCUCUUUGGUGCACUUGAUAAGGAUUCCAUCCAAACUCUAUUACAGGCAUUGUAUGGACCAGAAGAAAAAAUUCCCUCAAUAAAGAAAUUCAUAAAUCAUCUUCAAAGUGGUGUAGGGACCCAGUGGUCGAAAGCUUUGUUGUCUGCGGAAGUCCGUCGCAUUGUGCCUAUGUGUAUUGGAUUCCCAAUGGAGACAAGCUUGUAUCAUGCUUCUUUCACAAACGUUGCAGGAAGUGUUCAAGCACAGAUUUCACCAGCUCCAAGUUCCGAUUUCAGACUGGCUGACUUACUUAAUGCCAAUAUUAAAGUGCGAUCCAAGCUGACCCUAAGCAUGGUCAAGGACAUGAUCUUUGUAAUGGGAACUAAUACACACCUGUUCCAAGCUGGAUUGGAGGCACAUGCUAAAGCGAAUAUAAAUAUCCCUAUGAACGUUGCGGCUACUCUGAAUAUUAAGGAUAAGAAUUUCAAAUUGGAAAUCCCACCAUGCAGCCAGGAAACUGAUGUUAUUACUCUAAGGUCUAAGACAUAUGCUGUUACACGAAAUCUUGAAGACUUAUCUGCCACUAAGAUGACGCCAGUUCUUCUACCUGAGGCAGUGCCUGACAUAAUGAAGCUGUCCUUCGAUUCAGGUUCCGCAUCAAGCGAGAGUGAUAAAAUAAGGGGUAGACUAUCUUCAGAAAUCAUUUCAACAGGAAACAUCUAUUCAGCUGGACAAUCAUCCCAACAGAAAGUACCAUCUGUUCGUUCCAUGUGCUUCAAUGCAAGUACAUUUGGAGUUGAAAUUUGCGCAGAAAGGAAAAGUGUGAAUGCUGCAUUUAUCAGAAAGGCUCCUCUCUAUUAUCUGGUUGGGGAGAAUGCUUUUAAACUUACCUGCAAACCAGUCCAUACAGGGUCAUCAAUUGAGAAAAUACAAGUAACAAUCCAAGCAGGUGCUCAGGCUGCUGCAAAAAUGGUGCGUUUAGUAAAAUUUGAAGACACAGAAACGGAACUAGCUUCCGACAAAGAGGCAAUUAAAAAACUGAAGAAAAUCCUUGAUGAUCCCACAGUCCAGGAACAAUCACUCGUUAAUCGAAAAGACAGAAAAUCAUCAUCCAGCUCUAGCAGCAGCAGCAGCAGCAGCAGCAACAGUAGCUCCAGCUCAUCCAGCAGCCAGUCCAGCAGCGAUUCUCAGCGUAGGGCAGGGGGCCAGAUAAAGCUGAAGAAGAAAGAUGUAGCUUCCUUUGACGAUUCACUGGGCCCACCAAGCAAGAAACAGCAGAAGGGGCCUCAAGAACAUGAGCAGAAAGGGCCCCGCAGCAAAGGGCAUUCUAAAACCAAAGUAAAGAAGUUAGCUCCAUUUGGGAAGAGCAGCAGCAGCAGUAGCAGCAGCAGCAGCAGCAGCAGUAGCAGCAGCAGCAGCAAAGCUGUUGGAGGAAAACAUGCAGCUAAGAAACCACCUACUGUACACGCUACUAGUGCUGAUAAGGAGCGAGGUUUUCAUGAGAAGAAACAUUCCAAGGCUGCACGCAAACAGCAGAGCAGCUCUAGCAGCAGCAGCAGCAGCAGCAGCAGCAGCAGUGAAACCACCACCGGCAGACCCAGCAGCAGCAGCAGCAGCAGCAGCAGCAGCAGCAGUGACAAUGCGGAUAAAGCUCGCUACGACGCCAAGAAGCGUUCCAAGGCGUCGUAUCCAUUCAGCAAAACUGAUAGAAAAGAGGAGAGGAAACAUGCUAAGUCUCAAUACACCAGUGGCAGCAGUUAUGACUCAUCUGGAGACUGGGAACAGCACGUUCCAGAAAUGUACCGACUCCGCUUCAAGUCCCAUUUGAAUCCAGACCAGGCGUCGUCAAGCAGCUCCUCCUCAUCAUCUUCCCCUCAGUCAGGCAGCAGCAGCAGCUCCAGCGACAGUACCAGAGAGAGCAGCAGCAGCAGCAGCAGCAGGAACAGCAGCAGCAGCAGCAGCAGCAGUAGUAGUAGCAGCAGCAGUAGCAGUAGCAGCAGCAGCGAUUCUAGCUUUGCACAUGAGCCCAAUUUCCUGGGAGACGUACUUCCACCUGGGCUCACCAUUGUGGCUCGGGCAGUUAGGAGUGACAACAAAAAUCAAGGUUACCAAGCCACAGCAUAUAUUAACUCUGCUGCUACCAAAGUCGAUAUGCAACUGGUUGUGGUUCAGCUUGCUGAAACUAACUGGAAAGCGUGUGCUGAUUCUGUAGUAUUGCCUCUCAAAGCACAGGCCAGGUUCAGGUGGGGCAAGGAAUGCCGGGAGUAUAGAAUUGAAGCAAGAGCUUCCACAGGCCAUAUUUCAAGGAAUCCAGCUGUACAGGUGAAGCUGGCUUGGACAAAACUUCCAUCCUGGAUAAGGAGGACAACUAUAACAACUAUGGAAUUUGUUCCUGGAAUAGCAUACCUGAUGGGCUUCUCAGAAGUGUAUCAGAAAAAUCCUUCUCAGGAGCUUGUAGUAAGAGCAGUUGCAACUUCACCACGGACAAUUAAUACAGUCAUAAAGUCUCCUGGGCUAACCCUUUACUAUGAGGCUUUCCCACUUCCAUUUGCUUUGCCUGUGAGCCCAGCUCCAGCUUCUCAGGCUCAAGAAGUGACUGCUUGGAAUUUCCUUCCAGAAAUAUCUUCACUGAUAGCUAAAGAAGAUCAAUCCACAUGUGAAGUGAGGGAAGAAAACUUCAAAACAUUUGACAAAGUGAAGUACAAAUGUUCAUUCAAUAAAGACUGCGACCUUGUAGUAGCUCAAGACUGCACUGCUCACCCCAAAUUCAUCGUCACGACGAGAAAAGUCAAUCCACACUCUUCCUCCAGGGAGGUGUACAUCAAUAUUAGUUCAUCAAGCGUGAGACUCUAUCUUUCUCCAUCUUCCUCUAUCCUCGUGUCAUACAAUGACGGACCAGUGUUAACGCGCAGCAAAAUAUAUCAAAAUAAAAGAGAAAACAUUAAAAUUUAUAGAAAUGAAACAACAGUUGUAGUAGAAGCUCCAGACCAAGGGCUGGCGAAUGUGACUUUUGAUGGCUCGACACUUAAGGUUACUGUUGUUUCAUGGAUGAGAGGAAGGACCUGUGGUAUUUGUGGAAAUAAUGAUGGACAAAAGCAAAAUGAACUCCUCAUGCCCAAUCAUAGGCUGGCACACAGCUGCUCAGCUUUUGUCCAUUCCUGGGUACUGGUAGAAGAAACCUGCGCCGAAGGGUGUAAACUGCAACGCCGCUAUGUGAAACUGAAGGGACAUCCUGUUAUUGAUGGAAAGGAAUCUACAUGUUACUCUGUUGACAGGAUACUGCAGUGUAUGAAAGGCUGUACUCCAACUGAGAAAACCUCAGUUAAAGUUGGCUUCUCCUGUUUCCCAAAAGAUUCUGCUGUGAGCCUGUCUGACUGGCAUAGGAGCAGUGACAGGAAAUAUGCAGCCGAGGACAUCGUGGAGUCUGUGGAUGCUGACAUUGACUGUUCCUGCACUGACGAUUGUAGUUCAUCUUAAUGCUUUGGCAAUGUGCUAUAGACGUACUCACCCAAAUGAUUGAAUAGCUGGACAGCUGCAGGGGGAAUGCAAUAGCUGCAGUAAAAUAUUAAAAAAAAAUGCUUUAAAAAUAGAUAAGCCUAAUGCAUUACGUACAAAGUCAAAUGCAUUAUGUACAAUACGCGCUGCUUAAUAAAUAUGCUGUUCAUUAAAUAAG